AUGGGAGGCAACCAACCCAUGCAAGGUCGUUAUGGAGCACUUUGGAGCACUUGGGACGUGUGGAGCAAGGAAGGACUCUGCAUGGGACACAACUCGACCGCGCAGCUCAAGAUGAAGAAAGGUGGCACCUUUAUGCACAGCUCAACCCAGCCGCUUGACCAACCGAUCGAGCUAGGCCAAACUUCUCAAACAUUGCAUUAG